GGGCGAAGAAGGAACCUGAGCAGGAAGAGCGGCUGCGAGGCGGCGGCACAGAGGCAGCGGCUGAGUUGGUCGCGGCGACGGCGACGGCGAGGGCUCUCGACCUUCGAGAGCAGGAUGCAGGUCCGCGUCAGGCUGGCGUUGCUGCUGCUCUGCGCGGUGCUCCUGGGCUCGGCAGCCGCGACCUCGGAUGACAAAACUGACCAGGAUGAAUCCUUAGAUUCCAAGAGUUCUUUGCCCACAGAUGAGUCAGUGAAGGACCACACCACCACGAGCAAAGUAGUUGCUGGCCAGAUAUUUGUUGAUUCUGAGGAAGCCGAGGUGGAAUCCCUUCCUCAGGACGAGGAAGAUAGCCCCAAGACCCAGGGGGAAGAGAUCAGCUUUUCAGAAUCUCCGAAUCCAAGCAGCAGGGCCUACGAAGAACUCAAGAGAGUGCCGAAGCCAGUCUUGACUGCCAUUGAAGGUACGGCGCACGGGGAGCCCUGUCACUUCCCUUUCCUUUUCCUGGAAAAGGAGUAUGAUGAGUGCACCUCAGACGGGAGGGAAGAUGGCAGACUGUGGUGUGCCACAACCUAUGACUACAAGACAGAUGAGAAGUGGGGCUUCUGCGAAACUGAAGAAGAUGCUGCCAAAAGACGACAGAUGCAGGAAGCAGAGAUGAUCUAUCAGGCUGGGAUGAAGAUACUGAAUGGAAGCAAUAGGAAGAGCCAAAAGAGAGAAGCAUAUCGGUACCUUCAGAAGGCAGCAGGCAUGAACCACACCAAAGCCCUGGAGAGAGUGUCCUAUGCUCUCUUGUUUGGUGAUUACCUCACACAGAAUAUCCAGGCAGCUAAAGAGAUGUUUGAGAAGCUGACUGAGGAAGGUUCUCCCAAAGGACAGACUGGUCUUGGCUUUCUCUAUGCUUCUGGACUUGGUGUUAAUUCAAGUCAGGCAAAGGCUCUUGUAUAUUAUACUUUCGGAGCUCUUGGAGGCAACCUGAUAGCCCAUAUGAUUUUGGGUUACCGCUACUGGGCUGGCAUCGGAGUCCUCCAGAGUUGUGAAUCGGCACUGACCCAUUAUCGUCUUGUUGCCAAUCAUGUUGCUAGUGAUAUCUCCCUAACUGGAGGCUCUGUAGUCCAGAGAAUACGGCUGCCUGAUGAAGUGGAAAACCCAGGGAUGAACAGUGGAAUGCUGGAAGAAGAUUUGAUUCAGUAUUACCAGUUCCUAGCUGAGAAGGGAGAUGUCCAAGCACAGGUUGGUCUGGGACAGCUGCAUCUGCAUGGAGGGCGUGGAGUAGAACAGAAUCACCAGAGAGCGUUUGACUACUUCAACUUAGCAGCAAAUGCUGGCAAUUCACAUGCUAUGGCCUUCUUGGGAAAGAUGUAUUCUGAAGGAAGUGACAUCGUACCUCAGAGUAACGAGACGGCACUUCACUACUUUAAGAAAGCCGCUGACAUGGGCAACCCAGUGGGACAGAGCGGGCUUGGAAUGGCAUAUCUCUACGGAAGAGGCGUUCAAGUUAAUUAUGACCUGGCACUCAAGUAUUUCCAGAAAGCUGCUGAGCAAGGCUGGGUGGACGGGCAGCUGCAGCUCGGCUCUAUGUACUACAAUGGCAUUGGAGUCAAGAGAGAUUAUAAGCAGGCCUUGAAGUAUUUUAAUCUGGCUUCUCAAGGAGGCCAUAUCUUGGCUUUCUAUAACCUAGCGCAGAUGCACGCCAGCGGCACAGGGGUGAUGCGGUCCUGUCACACCGCAGUGGAGUUGUUUAAGAACGUGUGUGAACGAGGUCGCUGGUCAGAGAGACUGAUGACUGCCUACAACAGCUAUAAGGACGAGGACUACAAUGCUGCAGUGGUCCAGUAUCUCCUGCUGGCUGAGCAGGGCUAUGAGGUGGCGCAGAGCAAUGCAGCCUUCAUCCUCGACCAGAGAGAAGCAACCAUUGUAGGUGAGAAUGAAACUUACCCCAGAGCUUUGCUGCAUUGGAACAGGGCCGCCUCCCAAGGUUAUACUGUGGCUAGAAUUAAACUUGGAGACUACCAUUUCUAUGGAUUUGGCACGGAUGUGGAUUAUGAGACCGCGUUUAUUCAUUACCGCCUGGCUUCUGAGCAGCAGCACAGCGCCCAAGCUAUGUUUAACCUGGGCUACAUGCACGAGAAGGGCCUAGGUAUUAAACAGGACAUUCACCUUGCAAAACGCUUUUAUGACAUGGCAGCCGAAGCCAGCCCAGAUGCACAAGUACCUGUGUUCCUAGCGCUCUGCAAAUUAGGUGUCGUCUAUUUCUUACAGUACAUACGGGAAGCAAACAUUCGAGAUCUGUUCACACAACUGGAUAUGGACCAGCUUUUGGGACCCGAGUGGGACCUUUACCUCAUGACCAUCAUUGCACUGCUGUUGGGUACAGUCAUAGCUUACAGGCAGCGACAGCAUCAGGACAUACCAGUCCCCAGGCCCCCAGGGCCACGGCCGGCUCCUCCCCAGCAGGAAGGACCACCAGAGCAGCAGCCACCGCAGUAGCAGCCACAUGCUCACCUGGGUCAAUGACCACUAGGGAGCUGCUUGCUGAGGACGCUUGCCUUGAUAUAGGGCUCUGGAUGGUGGCCACUGCCUGGAAGAGGCGUGAGGUGUGUUAAAUCCCAGAGGCUGCUUAGAACCUGCUGCCUUCCUUUUCAGGGAUGUGUAGCUCUCGCCAGAGCUGCAGUGAAUGUUUGUUUCAGUGCCAUACGGAAUGACAACUCUCAAUGGCUUUCCUCUUUCCUUUUUCUUUCUUCGUUCUGCAAACAUACACAAGACACUCGAGUCAUGUCUACUGUACCCCGUCUUUCCUGAGAGACCUUUCGUCAUCCUGUCAAUGUGCAUAACUUCUUACAUGUCUUCUAAGGUCCUGAGCAUUGACAAAUUGGGAAAACCCAGUUAGUUGCAAGUUUAACCCUAAAAACAUGCUUAAGUCUGAGACUAGAACUUGCCAUUAAGUCAAAAGCAAAACAAGCCAAGCAGGACGUCUUCAGGGUGUUUGGGAAAUGCAGUAACUGGGAAGUUUUACCAGUCUUCAUGCAAGUUCAUAUGUUCGCCACUCUUAUUUUAAAAGGGAUUAUUGAGCGGGUUCCUGUACUGUGACUAUGACACUUCCUAGCAAACUUCUCUUCCUCAGAGACUGAAAGGCUUUGCUAAAGACGACUUUGUGACAUCACUUCCCUGCGUGCAGUCGAAGUCAAACUCAGUGAGCUGACUCCGUGCUCUCACAGAGGACUUUGCCCCAGCUACUCAUGUGAUUUGCGUAUACAGAGCCCUAGUCCAGACGCCAGAGGAUGAUCUAAAUGGAGAAAUCAGAAAACAGCCUUAACCAACUUGAGGUGGGAUCUGGAACAUGCCCUCCCUUGGGUAGAUGCGUUGCUUCCCGGGUCUCAUUUUACUUCGCAUUUCUUAUGGCACAGAGAACAGACAACCCUCCGAAAGUCUUCAAAUAUGAAAUGCUAUUGUCAAGAUUGGCAGGUAGUGACUUCCUUUGUACUACUAAAACUCAGAUAAUGGAGGAUGGGUUAGACCCAAUGCAUGGCAAAGGCCUGGGUGCACCGUUGUGUAUACUGUGGGAGCUUUUUAUUUCUGACAGUUUGAUGUGGCUGUAGAAAGUCAGCCACUGUGUAGCUGUCUUGGUAUCGCCCUUCUGUUGUAAACAUGAGGAAAUGAAAGCAGUUACACUCAGCAUUGUCUGCUUAAGUAAGAGGCAAAAACAACAACGAUGGAGAGCUCCACAUAAUCACCCCUACAAAAGAACCAAAGCCCAAGCUGAAUUUGUGGUUUGUGUAAUCAAAUUUGUGGCUGGUAGUGUUCAGCAGCCAGCACCCCACGGGAGCUCACGCCCCUGUUUCGCCUUUACAUUGUUUUCUGUAAUCCUUGUCUGCAAAUGAAACUUGACUAUCACUUGUGGAGUUUGGGAAGCUUUCAGUUUGAAUGUUGGGAUUGUAAUCAGAAUUCAAUUUAGUUCAUCUAUACUGAACACGAAGGCUUUAAAUGUGAAGUUGUGUACGUUUGUGUGUACGCACAGUAUUAUGGGAAACCCAGUAAGCAAAAAUUUUCCUCAAAGAUAUUUGCCUCCAAGUUUGAAGACGUGGCCGCAGAGAGGCAGAUCUCUGAGAGGCAGCCAGCGUUCCUCUCAAAAAUGUAAUGUUGCUUUGGGCAGCAUUUGUAAAUAGUAAGGCUUCUUUGGUGUCCUGUGCUGAAAGACUAGCUUGUGAGUGGUGCAGUAAGCAGGGUCCUUUAGCCCUGCCUCUUCUCCCAGCCCCUCCCUCAGCCCAGGAAGGGAAAUCCACGGCCCAUCACUCUUCCUUUAGAAGGCAGGUUUUACAUUAUUCACAGAAACUGGGCACAGUGGUGUGUACCUGCAUCUCCUGUCACUGGGGGACUGAGGGAGGACGCUCACAGUAGGCCAGGGGGGUUAAGACCAGCUUAGGCAAUACAACAAGACCCAGUCUCUAAAAAUAAAUAAAACGAUGGGAAACUCUACGAUGCCAGAGGCUUCUGUGGUUUUUCCCGUGCCAUCCACCUCAGGCCUCUUGGAUGGCAGCAGUUUUGCCUCCCACAGAAAAUACUUGAAGAAAAUAUUUCUUAAAUUAGCAUACACUACCUAAGGCUGGAUGGGACAGUCUAGGUUUGUUCUUCGUGUAGUAGACUUGCCCCUGGCUGUUCUUUUACGAAAGGUCACUACAGCAGAUGCCCUUCCCUCGACUUUUACCCUCUGUUUCCAGCCUGGAGCACCUACUACGAGAAAUCUAGAGAGCGUGUUUAAAAGAGUUGGGUUCUCACCGCUUCUUUCCUAGAUGGGCUCAAAGGCUUUGCUUUGUUCUCUUCCUGUCCUCUGGACAUGGCACCUAAAAAGUAGGAAUUGGGUUUGGUGUUUCUCUUACAAAUAACGCACAGUACUUACUAAUGGCAUCCAUUUGAAUAAAGUGGCAAUAAAGCUAGUUGAUGUCAGUGACAUUAAGCCAACUCCAGGAUUCGGGAGUUUUAGCAUUAGGAUUUAGAUGUACCAGCUAGAGUGUGGCUUCCUUCCUCCCUGUAGCCCAUCCCAGUAUACUGCCGCCUUUCGUGGUCUCCCUUGCAGCCUACCAAGGCUCUCUGUUGAGCCUCUGUUCUCCUGUGCCCCUGCCCCUUUGGGCAACCAGCUAUGUCAGAGUCUAGAGACUCUGUGGUGAUGUACAAAGGUGGAGUUUUUGAUUUUGAAGUUUUUGUUUCUGAUUUCUGGGUUUUCUUAGUUACUAGCCGAUAAUACAGAAAAAGGUUGGACAAGGGCUUUUUUUUCCCCAAAAUUUAUUAGUACCUAAACUAGAUUAAUGUAAAAGUACAAGUCCUAAAUCUUGAUACUCCUGAAGGUUUGUAAUUCUUCUGAAAAAAAAAAUAUAUAGAUUAAUUUCUGAACAUAUUAUCCCUCACCAUCUCUACCAUGGAGAAGCGUUAGAACCCUGCUCCAGGGAUCUGGCGAGGAGCAUGGGGCUGGGGGUUCUCUACACAGAAUUUGGCUUUGUUUGGCUGCUUGGUUGGGUUUUCUCUCUCCUCUGCUCCUCAGGUUUACUCUCUCGUGCUUGGGAGCAUGCAUGGCAGCCUCCACAUGCAGACCUCAGCCCCAGUGUGUGUGGCAUUUGCACCAGUGACUCACCACAUCUGCGAAACUUUCCUUUCCAGGGGUUUGGACUGACACCUCACAUGCAUAUUUUAGAACAAGAUGCUUCUAGUGACCCCCUCCCUGCCCGGAAGAGCAGGCUUGUGUUGACUUAAGGAACAGCCGGUAUUUGAAAGUGAUUCUAAAGUAUAUUAUUCAAUACUGUGGCCCUGAGAUAUGCAAGAAGUAACCAGAGCAAAGGAAAACUAUUUUAUGCAAAAAAAAAAAAAAAAAAAACCUAUUUUCAUCAGUUAUUGCUCAGAUACAAGAGAAACUAUUUCUGGAUGCUGUAUUGUCAGGUUUUUAAGUAGGUAUUGUUCCUUGAAAAAGAAGCUAAGUGUCUUCACCCACUAGGGACUUAAAGAAAAUUUGAAAUAACCCCAUAUACCAAUGAUUUCUAUCAAAGAGACUGUUUACACAUCAAAAAGCCGAUUUUGUAUGCAUAUGAAGGGUCCUUUGGUUAUGAGCAGGAAGCCAUUCAGAUGUUCUUUCUUUACUAUUUAUUGGUGAACGAUCUGACACUAUUUCUCUUUUAUUUAAAACAAUGUUGAUAUGAUCAAAGUAUGACCACUAGAAAUGUUGAGGGACAUGCUUAAAGAGCAUAAGCUGACGUCAUGAAGGAACACCAUACUAGACUUUUUGUAAAUUUAUUUUAUAUUUAAUGGAAUGCAGUAUAACGGCUGGAGAAGUGUAUUAUAAUUGUGUAAACAAAUCCUGUUAAUAGAGAGAUGUACAGAUUCAUUUUGUACUGUAUCUUGAAACUUGUGAAAUAAAGAUCCCAUCUCUGGUUA